ACUUCAGCAUGGGGACCAGAUAAAUGAAUUUGACCCGACCCGAGUCGAAGGAACGAAAUCCGCAUGGUGGCGCCGGUGGCGCCGGUGGAGCCGGACGUCCACAACCGCUGCAUGUUCCUUCUCCGUCGCUGCUCCUCCGAGCGCCACCUCCGUGCCGCCCACGCCCUCUUCCUGGUUGGCAGACUCCACCUCCACCCCUUCGUCCUCAGCCGCCUCAUCCUCGCCGCUUGCUCCCUCCGCCCGCCCGCCCUCCCCUACGCCUCUCUCCUCUUCCAUCACUCCCCUUAUCCCCCCAGCACCUUCGCCCACAACGCCCUCAUCCGCGCCCACGCCCGCAGCCCUCAUCCUCGUGCCGCCCUCCCUCUAUUCCGCCGCCUUCUCGCCUCCGCCGCAGCUGACCACCACUCCUUCCCCUUCGUUCUCGCCGCCUGUGCCGCAAACGGAUCCCUCGUCGAUGGUGCCCAGGUCCACGCCCUCGUCGUCAAGAACGGCCUCUCCUCUGCCGAUCCCUACGUCCAGACCGCCCUUCUGCGGCUCUACUCUCACGCCAUCGACGACGCCCCGAAGCUGUUCGACGAAAUCCCCAACCCCGACGCCGUCCACUACGACGUCCUGAUGAACGUGUUCAUCCGGCGCGGCGUUCCCUCCGAGGCGCUUCGUCUUUUCGACCGCUUGCUGCUCUCCAACUUAGAGCCUGAUAACUUCGCCGUCACCACCGCCCUCACUGCCUGCGCCCACGCAGGCGCUCUCGAGCAGGGCGUCCGAAUCCACAAAUAUCUUGCCUCCAAGGACGCAUCCUAUGCGAAGGACACUUUCCUGGGCUCGGCCCUCGUGAGCAUGUACGCCAAGUGCGGCUGCAUAAAAGAUGCCGUGGAGGUUUUCGACGCGGUGCCUAACAGAAACAACCACAUGUGGGCGACCAUGAUCGGGGCCUAUGCGAUGCACGGCUUCCCGGAGAAGGCGAUCGCCUGCGUGCGGCGGAUGCAGGAGGUGGACCAGUUGCGCCCGGACGGGGUCGUGCUGCUUGGGGCGCUGGCCGCCUGUGCGCAUGCCGGCCGCGUGGAGGAUGGCUUGCUUCUGUUGGGUGACAUGGAGGCUAAGUACGCAGUGGCGCCGGAGCACGAGCACUACAGCUGCGCCGUGGAUAUGCUGUGCCGGGUGGGGAGAUUGGAGGAAGCUCUGCUGCUCAUACGCAGAAUGCCGAUGAGGCCGCUGGCCUCGGUGUGGGGCUCGUUGCUGACAGGAUGCAGGAUACAGGGAAAUGUGGAACUGGCGGAGACAGCUGUGGCGGAGCUCCAGCGCUUCACCGAGAGCGAUGGAGACGACGAGGGGGUGUAUGUGCAGUUGUCCAACAUCUACCUGAAUGCCAAUAGGAAAGAGGAGGCUUGCAAGGUUAGGAAGCUGGUCGGGAGCAGAGGGAGCAAGAAGACGCCAGCGCGCAGUGCGAUCCAUGUGGAAGGGAAAGCGAGCUCCUUUGUGGCAGGGGAUCAAGCGCACCCUCGGCGGACGGAGAUAUGGACGAUGCUCGAACUGUUGACAGAUCAUAUAAGCUCCUGCACUGAGGAUGACAGACCUUCUUCAUGGAUCUGAAAUGCAUGCAUGAUGCUUCUCAUUGAAGUGAAGAACAUCAUGGGUGAUCACAGAGAAGAGAAUUUUACAGAAUUUAAAUGAUCAAUCCUUCUUCUGGAUCUUAGUUACAGAGACGAGCAGGGUCGACAGAAGAUUUCACUAAAAUAGUUUAUAUAUCAACGCUCGUCUGAUCGAUCUCUGAGAUACAUCAACUUUCAGUGUAUUUGGACUGAUCGCAUGGUUGUCAUUGGGAGCCGAAGAAUUGAAAAUUCUUUGUUAAAGCAUUCAACUACAUUGUAGCAGUCUCUUAUUUGAUAUUUAGUGGAGUGUGGUUAUCAGUAUCAAAGCGUAGAUACCCUCUGAAUCUAUUUGGACCAUUUGCCUGCCAUGGGCAAGUUUGCAGACAUUCUCAUCAAUAAUACCAUGAGACAAGAUUCUCUUAGGUUCUUGACCA